AUGGCAAAACUUAAAACCGAUACUGGUGAACUCUUUCUAAGUCGUCUCUCGGAGGUUUAUACGUGUCGUCCUGGUGAUAAUGUACUUCUUGAAUGUUAUGUUCGUCAUCAACACGUGAAAUCGAUCGCUUGGUACGCCAAUGGUGAAUUAGUUGAACAGAAAGGUUUCCGUUUAUGGUACCGUUACCAACCGACCACAGGUCAAUGUUCACUCUACAUACGUUCAGUACUCUACUCAGAUGAAGGUUCAUAUUGUUGUAUAGCAACAGGUUUGGAUGAUGCGACCGAAAUUUUACAACUUCGAUUGGAAAUUGAUAAUCAUGAUAAGUCAUGGACAAAAAUUCCAAUAUUACAUAUGGCUGGCUGUAUCGCAGGAGAAGAAGAAGAAGAAUCCAGCGCGAUCUUUGUAACUCCUCAUCAAAAAUCGAAUACAGAAGAAAGCAUGUUUCCAAUUCAUUGGUAUGAACUCCGUAUCGAUCGACCUUUGACUGAUCCGACGAUCGUCAACGAAAACAGUCCAUUACAACUUUCAUGUCGUGUCGCCGGACUUCAUAUCGAUAAAUUCGAAUGGUAUCGAAACGGUGAAUUGAUUUCGAUAUCCAAUGACAGUCCGUCAUCAUCGUUUGAAACCCCAACGGAAUUAACAACUACGGAUGUUGAUCAUGGAUUAUUCUAUACGUCGUAUGACACCUUACCAGCACAUUUUAUUCCGAUAUUAACUGUUGAUCGAGCAACGAAGCAUCGUCAUGAAGGUACAUAUGAAUGUCAAGCAUCGAAUGCUCAUUAUCGUGUUUCGUCAACAUGUAAUGUUAUUAUCAAUGAAGUCGACUCACCUCGGUCUACAACGGAUGAAAAAGUGUCUCCUCAUCCAAUCUUCGAAAUACGAAAACGAUUGGAAGGAGAUCGACAAGAACAGACACCACCGAUCGAUCGUAAACGUCUUCGAUUGGACGAAUCAACUGCUAGUCGUCAAAUAAUACAAAGUCAAUUGCCAAUAUCAAUCAGUCCCGUUGAAUCACCAUUUCGCAUUCUUGGUGAUCAACGUGUACCAGCAACUGAACCGAAAAAAGAUCCCCCCAUCCUUCGACAGGAUGCACCGUAUGAACCUGACCGAUUACUUCCUCCAAUACCCGAACGUUUAACAUCGACGUCAUCGGAUGAAAGUAGUUUGUCUGCAGGUGAUCUUCAACAACUUCUCCGUUCGCAUUCAUUGCUAACAACUCAAACAUCAGCGAAAACAAUCGAUACUAGUAGUAGUUCAGAAACUGGUAAUGAAUUGGCAGGCAUGGCCCCAGUGUUCUUUCAAUUACUUCCAUCGAAUCUUGAAUGCGAAGAAGGCGAACGUUUACUACUCUCGUGCCAGAUCAUGGCUGGUACACAAUGUCAAAUUCAAUGGUCACUCAACGGAAGUAUGAUUUCGGAAACAGCAUUCCGUACGCGACGACAUUACAAUCCGGAUACAGGCAUUUGCUUUAUUAUAAUCGAUCCGACGACUACAUCGGAUUCAGGCACUUAUUGUUUAAUUAUUUCGAAUCGAUAUGGUCAAGCUCAAUCAACCUGUCAUGUUCGUAUUUUUGUUCGUCAAUUACCACCAAUGCCUGAAGACGAUCUUUCAACACGUCUAUACUUUGUUAAGCCAUUGCCAUCAACACCCAUUACAUGUCGUGAUGGCGAUAGCAUUCAAUUAACAUGUGUUGUUCAUGGACGACGACCGAUCUAUAUUCGAUGGUUUAAAGAUGAACGGCAAGUCAUCAUUAAUGAGAAACAACAACACACUCGUCAAAUUUAUUUCGAUGCUUUAACUGGCAAAUCAACGUUAACGAUUCAUGAUAUGUAUCCCACUGAUAGUGGAGUGUAUCGAUGUGAAGCAACGAAUGAUCGAGAACGUGAAAGUACAAGUACAACAGUUGACGUUAUACAUUAUCAAUAUGAAGGUGACAGUGAUCGAUCUUCGGCAUCAUAUAUAUCUGGUCCACCGAGUGAACCUGAAGAUGCUGGUGAAUUACAAUUGACGCAGGAUCAAGCUAUCUACGAUGAAUCUCGUCGUCUCGUCGAAGAUUUAGACGCUCGUAUUGCUGAUUUGUCUCGUGGAAAUUUAACGACAACGGCAGAUCAAUCCCGACAUGGUAAUGUAUAG